CUAUCUCCAUUAUUUAAUUGGCGGACUAAGAACUUUCACUAGACGCAUUCAGCAGAAAUAAUGUAUAAGUUUUCGUGAAACAUUCGUAUACACAAGAAACAAUCAGUUUAUAUUAUUAUAUCGAAAAUUACUAUCAUAAAGAUCAACUUCACGUGAAGUAAUUGUAGCAUGUGAUAUUAUAGAUCUAGACCCUUUAAAGCGUUAGACACGAUGUCGCUUCCCUGCUUGGUAAUGAGAUUGUGUUUAUACCAGUUUUUUGAAUUUAAUUCAUGUGUUUAGUGACGUGAUACAAUGAUAUUGUUAAUAUUUUUCUAUUUUCUUAAUACAACGACUACAACAUUCGCCAAUAUGUCUAGAGAAUUUUCUAAAAAGUACCUCUCACUAAGGACCAUUCAAAUUCUGAGAACAUAUUCAACUGAUCGACCGUAUUCAACAGCUAUUGGUGUUUUGCAAGAAAUUGAGAAAAAAAAUGAUUUCGAUUACAAAAUUGAAAACAUGGAAACAAUUCCUAAGGAUUAUAGUGAAAUUCCGGGUCCUAGAGAACUACCAUUUAUUGGAAAUGCCUGGAGGUUUGCACCUAUUAUUGGUCAAUACAAAAUUCAUGAAUUGGAUAAAGUGAUGUGGUCCUUGAGAAAGCAAUAUGGAAGAAUUGUCAAAGUAAGCGGCUUAAUAGGCCAUCCAGAUUUAUUAUUUAUAUUUGAUGGCGAUGAAAUUAAAAAAGUAUUUAAAAACGAAGAAACCAUGCCUCACCGACCUUCUAUGCCAUCAUUACAUUAUUAUAAACAACAACUGAAAAAGGAUUUUUUUGAAGGAAACGAAGGAGUCAUUGGGGUGCAUGGACCCAAAUGGGAAGCUUUCAGAAAACAAGUGCAACAGUUCUUAUUACCUCCGCUUACUGCUAAAAAAUAUAUUGAACCUUUGGAUAUUAUUUCUAUGGAUUUUUUGAACAAAAUGGAAAAUAUGUUAGACAAAGAUCGAGAGCUACCUGGUAAUUUCCUUUCUGAAAUUUACAAGUGGGCCCUGGAAUCUGUGGCCAGAGUUUCAUUAAAUAAAAGAUUGGGCUGUCUGGAACCAAAUUUACCAGCAGAUUCGGAAUCUCAAAAAAUUAUUAAUUCUAUUAAUACCUUCUUUUGGAAUGUUGCCGAAGUUGAAUUAAAAUUUCCUGUUUGGAGGUUCUAUAAAAAUAAAGCUUUUAUAAAGUACAUAGGAGCCUUAGAAAAUUUCAGAACAGUGUGUUUAAAAUACAUUACACAAUGCAUUGAAGAAAUGAAAACCAAAUCAUACGAAAAUAUGAGAGAUCAAGAUAUUUCGAUCCUAGAACAAAUACUUCUGAAAACAGGAAAUACGAAACUAGCUGCUGUUUUGGCUUUGGAUCUGUUUUUAGUAGGAGUAGAUACAACCUCCAUAGCUGUUGCCUCUACGAUGUAUCAGUUGUCUCAAAAUCCAGAAAAACAACAAAAAUUAUAUAAAGAGCUUACAAAUAUCAUGCCCAGUCAACAUUCCCAAGUAGAUUUAGCUAUUCAGGAAAAAAUGCCGUAUCUUCGGGCCUGCAUUAAAGAAACCUUAAGAAUGUAUCCUGUGAUAAUAGCCAAUGGUAGAAGUUUGCAGUCAGAGACAGUAUUGGAUGGAUAUAGAGUUCCUAAAGGGACUCACGUGAUAUUUCCGCAUCUAGUUGUUAGUAAUAUAGAAGAAUAUGUAGAGGAACCAAACAAAUUCAUACCAGAAAGAUGGUUGCAUUCGAGUCAUUUGGAAUGUCCUGUAAAACAGGAAAAAAUACAUCCUUUCAUCGCUCUACCAUUCGGUUUUGGCAGAAGAUCCUGCCUGGGCAGAAGAUUUGCAGAAGUCGAGCUCAACAUUCUUUUGGCAAAAAUUUUUAGGAGGUAUAAGGUUGAGUACAACUAUGGGCCUUUAACCUACAAAAUUACGCCGACAUAUGUUCCUGAGCAACCUUUAAAAUUCAAACUUAUAAAAAGAGAAAAUUAAUUAUUUUUAUUUAGAUAGUAUAAUUUAUUAUGAAUAUCCUUUGCAGUAACUGUUUUCUAAUUAAAAGUGUAAUAUUUUG